ACUGCGGGCUCUUGCUUAGGGGCUCCCGAGCGCUGCCGGAAGUGACGCGUUCACCUGCCGAGCUGGGGCGGGGCGCAGAGGUGCCUUCGCUGCUGCCACCGCCGGGAGCCAGUCGGGAGUGUACCAGGCUCUGGAAAAACCGGGGCUCCCAGCCGAGAGCGUUUACCUGCCACCUACGACCCGGCAGCUACCAUGGCGCUCCUGCUGUGCUUCGUGCUCCUGUGCGGGGUCGCGGACUUUACCAGUGGUUUGAGUAUCACUACGCCCGAACAGAAGAUCGAAAAAGCUAAAGGGGAAACUGCGUAUCUACCGUGCAAGUUUACUCUUGAUCCUGAAGACCAGGGACCACUGGACAUUGAAUGGCUGAUAUCCCCAUCUGAUAACCAGAAAGUGGAUCAAGUGAUCAUUUUGUAUUCUGGAGACAAAAUUUAUGAUAACUACUAUCCGGAUCUGAAAGGCCGGGUACAUUUUACGAGUAAUGACGUCAAGUCUGGUGACGCAUCUAUAAACGUGACCAACCUGCAGCUGUCUGACAUUGGCGCUUACCAGUGCAAAGUGAAGAAAGCUCCUGGGGUUGCAAAUAGGAAAUUUCUGCUGACAGUUCUUGUUAAGCCUUCAGGUACAAGAUGCUUCGUGGAUGGAUCGGAAGAGAUUGGAAAUGACUUCAAGCUAAAAUGUGAACCAAAAGAAGGUUCCCUUCCACUGCAGUAUGAAUGGCAGAAAUUGUCAGACUCCCAGACAAUGCCUACUCCGUGGCUAGCAGAAAUGACUUCACCGGUUAUAUCUGUGAAAAAUGCCAGUUCUGAGUAUUCUGGGACAUACAGCUGCACAGUCCAAAACAGAGUGGGCUCUGACCAGUGCAUGCUACGACUAGACGUCGUCCCUCCCUCCAACCGAGCUGGAACGAUCGCAGGCGCUGUCAUAGGGACGCUGCUGGCCCUUGUGCUCAUUGGGGCCAUCCUCUUCUGCUGUCAUAGAAAACGCAGAGAAGAGAAGUACGAGAAGGAAGUGCAUCAUGAUAUCAGGGAAGAUGUGCCUCCUCCCAAGAGUCGGACGUCCACUGCCAGGAGCUAUAUUGGCAGCAACCAUUCCUCGCUGGGAUCCAUGUCCCCUUCCAACAUGGAAGGGUAUUCCAAGACGCAGUAUAACCAGGUCCCCAGUGAAGACUUUGAACGUGCGCCUCAGAGUCCGACUCUGGCACCCGCUAAGGUAGCUGCCCCUAAUCUGAGUCGAAUGGGAGCGGUUCCCGUGAUGAUUCCAGCACAGAGCAAGGACGGAUCUAUAGUAUAGAACUCUGCACCUCUCUUCUCUGCUUUCCAUGGCUCGUUUCUUCUCUUGACAUAUCAAAACUUAUUCUGUUCUAAAUUUUGUUAACAGUAGCCCAUAUAUAUAUGUGUGUGUAUUUGUGUGUGAAUGUGUAUAUAUACAUAAUAUAUGUGUAUAUUUACAAUAUAUAUGUACAUAUACAUAUAUACACACACAUAUAUGUAUAUAUAUAUGUGAAGAAGUUUAUAAGAAACAUGCUCCAUAAGAUCUUUUGGUUAUAUAGUGAAAUGAUAAAGGCUUAAGAAUAAUGGUAUUGACCAUCUGGAGAAUUUGGGGUUUCUUACCAAGUUGAUUUUAAGGGCAUCUAAAUAAUAAUGUCUUUAUCUUACAUCUUAAGAAAGAUAUAGCACUUUGAAUAUGAUGUCAUGGGUGAAGAAAUUUGCAAAUUUCCAUAAAUACCAAGUUUAUUCUUGAAUUAUCUGAAAAUGAUACUUUGUAGUUUCCACCAUUUUUAGGGUAUCUGUCUCAUUUAUUUAUGAACAACAGUAUGUCUCAAAUUUAAAAAAAAUCCAUGGAAAAACUAUGGAUUUGUUUUUAUAGCCUGAGAAUUCUACAUGUAUUUGAUUAUCUGGAAGAGUAGGAGACAUUACAGUGUUUUAGAAAUGCCUAGCUUUAUUUCUAAGUCAUUCAUAAACACCUAUGGCAUGAUUUCUUUCCUUUCUUUUUUCUUUUGUUGUUGUUCUGAGAUAGGGCCUCAGUACGUUUGUUGCUUAGGCUGGCCUCAAAUCAUGAUCAUUCUGCUUCAGCUCUUGAAUGCUGGGCUUACAAGUCUGUAUUUCUAUACUGGCUGUAGAAAAGUUUCUUAAGUAUUUAACCGAUACACUACAGAGGCAAUAGGAAGUGGUAACCUUUGUGCACUACAAAAAGCACCUUUCAGCUUCAGAAGCAUCUGCUUCUACACACACAGCUGAAACCCUUGAUGCAACACGGGUCGGGGUAGGAGGAGGAUCGAGGAGGCGUGUGUCUGUGCCUGGAGCCUGUAGACCGCUACAGAACUCUACAGAACUCUAACCAGGCAGGGUAACGGUGCCAGAUUUGUCAGUCUGCAGCUAAACACUGGCCUUCUACUUUAGGUGAUGUUUUUGCAAUUGGAAAGGAAGGAACGGAGGGAGGGAAGGGAGGGGGGAGGGAAGGAAGGAAGGAAGGAAGGAAGGAAGGAAAGAAAGAAAGAAAGAAAGAAAGAAAGAAAGAAAGAAAGAAAGAAAGAAAGAAAGAAAGGAAGGAAGAAAGGAAGAAAGCUGUUAAUUCACUUAUCUGGCAGUAAUGGAUGAGAAUCUCCAAAUUACUGAUUUUUAAAUUUGUGUUUCUGUUUGUGGCAGACCGUACUGCAUAAUUUAUGUUGUAGAAACACAUAAUCUAGGCUUUUGAUUUGGAGUAUGGUUCCUGGAGGCUAUUUUUCUCUAAGAGUCAAUGAUCAAAGAUAUUGGAGGUGAUUUAAGUGUCUUCCACUAGUCCUGAAUUCCAGACUUGGGCAACGUGCUUGGUGUCCUAUGGCCAACCCUGCCUCUCUAUAGUUGUCAGAAAUCAAGUUGUCAGAGAUCAAGUCUUAGUUUUGUGAAAGUGACUUAAUCUUAAAAGAAAUUUAAAAAGGAGUAAAGGGAAUACUCCUAUCUGCCAAAUGUAUUAAAUAUAGUUUUCGUAGGAAAAAAAGUGAAUUUAUUGUAUAUCCCUUAAGAUUGUGAGGGAGUGUGUGUAGAGUGUAAUGAGCCAGCAUUUUCUUUAUAGUAGAUAAGGUCUAUAAUAAAAGAUUUCAUUAAUUGCAAAACCUUUCCCCUAGGGAAUUGAUCUCUGUUAAUCUCUUCAGGUGCUGUGCUGGUAAAUGCUACAUUAUAAAUUAAUGUUGGCAUGCAUUUACGAUUAAGCAGAAUAUUAUGUAUACUUUUUAAUGGUGAAUUUAAACUGAAUGUCCAUGUAAUGGAUUCGUGUACAGUUUUACAUAUUUGGAAGCGUUUUUUCAAAGUAGGUUUAAACCUCACAUAAAAUUACUUUUUAUAUUUGUGUUGUCUUCAUCUGUGCCUUCUGAGGUAUUUGAUUUCUGCAAUGACUUUCUGGUGCCUAUGAGCUAGCAGUCACCUGCCGUGGAGGUGCGUAGAAGUGAAGGUACUGUUUUCAAAAGCACAUCACUGGGCUGCCCUCUCCACUCAGUCGCAGUGUCGCCUUUUCUCCUCUGCUUUUCUUGAUGUCACUUACACGAUACCAUCGUUUAUUACGAUUUAAUAGAAAUUCACACCCUCAGUACGCUUUGACCGCGUUCUAGUUUAUAACUAUAGCCACGCUUGACUCGCAGGUGUUUGGCAUUUUUAUAAGACAUUACAAGAAUAAACUGGAAUGUAAGGUCUUAAUGAUUUUUAGGUAACGAAGAUUAUGCUAGGUAGAAAUUACUUCAAAAUCUUUUCCUUUCCUUAGACUUUGUAUUUAUUUAAAGGCAAACAAAACCUAGAGUAUCCAACUAUUUUUAGUCUAGAUCUGUAGCAACUAUAAUCUGAAAGAGAAACUUGUUUUAAAAAAAUAAAACAAAACACUGUGAAUACCAACAGGCCUGGAAGAUAUAGAAUCAGAGACAUAGUUAAGUUUGAGGCUUUGUUCUGCAGCUCUUCUCAUUGUUAGCCUCAGUUUACCCAAAGGUCAGACAAGUCCUAGGAAUUUCCCAAUCUCACUGAUUUUAGUCAACCAAGGAGCAAGUAUUUGCUGUCGAAUCAAUGUUAGUAAUGGUCACCAGCUCAUCAACUUCGCUGGUCCAUCUUAACUAAGAGCCAGUAUGAGUUCAGGGCCAACGCUGUCUCCACAGCAGACCUUUGUGAUUCCACUCUAUACAUGAGAGACUUGACCCAUAUGUUAAUGUCUCAAAGAGAGCAUUGAAACAUCUCUGGAGGGAAAUGACACUAUGGAUUCCGUAGUCUGUGUUCUGAAUACAGAACACUUUAUGAGUAUUAUUAUUGAUAAUCUUAGUAGUAUUUUCCUGUUAGAAAGCCUCCCCUUCUCAAAGUCUGGUAUCAGUUUUCAUGAUUUCAUAGUUACACAGACAAAUACUUCCUUAAAUUUGAGUUAUCUACCAAGGAUUUAUUAGUAUGGAAUCACAGACUGAGUGUAUUUAGUAGGGAAGAUCCAUGUAGAUUAUGGAAAUGCCUAAUUUCUGGUACAUGUGUCUGUGUACAUCUAUGAUCCCAGAACUCAGAGGCACAGAAAGAUCAUGGAUUUGAGGCCCGUAGCCAGUUCAAAGCAAGCCUGAGCUACACUGAGAGACCUAACACCUGGAGAUUGAACUCAGUAGUACAGUAUUUUGUCUCGAAUGGUCAAAAAGACCAUGAGGUCUGAAUCUGAAUUCUUUUAAGAAAUGAGUUUCAGACUGUGCCCUGGAAUCAGGUUAUGUGGAGAGGCAAGUAAACUUUUUGAUUAAAAAGAACUCACUGCAUGGAGUUGGCUAUUCUUUAAUGUGUGACUUAUUAAAUAACUAUUGUCUCUGUGUGUACAGCAUGUAAAUUUGAAGCUAUGUGAAUGUUCAUAGGUUUCUGUUUUUUCUAAAAUAUUUCCAACAGUGUUUAGAGUGCUCUCAGCUGCCUUAUUUCAGUGUGAAUAGAUAAUGUUCCUAUUUUAUAUGGUGAAUGCUUUAAAUGUGUCACUUAUAGAGUAGUGUGUAGAAAACGGCUGGCACAAUUUUAAGUGGUUUGCGACAUUAUAUAUUAUAUAUGUACAUAUAUGUUUAUAACAUUAUUGUGUUUCAUAGUAUAAAUGUUUUGAGCAAGUUUUAAUAUUUCAAAUGCCUCUGGAUAUUCCAGCAAUAAAGGCAACACAUUCUGCAGUCAAAUUUCUCAUUUGCCUACUUUGACACUAAAAUAAUCUGUAUUUGAGCAAGAUUCCUUUUGAAAAUAUUACAGAACGAGGGGAUACAUUUGUGAAUUGUGGUUAUUUCUCCUUUAGGAAGGCUGACCAUUUGUUUACCUUCCAGAACUUGACCUCCUAAAUUCAAGCUUACAAAAUACAUCCCAGUUUGUAAUUUAGAGUAUAGAGGCCAUCAGUUGGGUUGGUGUUUAUUCAGACACUAAAAAGUCUGCCAAAGAUGAGCUUUGGGAUUCUGUUAAUCUAUUUAAUGGCACAGGUGCUAAAAGGACCACAAUUCACGAGUUGACUUAUUCUUGUUCCUAAUAGUGAAUUUUGACAAUAAACACAGUUGUAUUAAGAAUACUAAUUUGACACCCACAUUUGCAAAGUUAUUGGUAGUAUCAGUUUCAGAUUUUGUAUUUCAUAUAUCUGGCUUACAUAUCCAGUGAUGCAGAUUUUAAAGUUUGUAAGAACAAUUUUGUUUAAAAACAGAAACUUGCUCUUAGUUUUGUGACCUUGUGUACUUUUGAAAUAAAAUGAAGAAAGCAGU